AUGAAUGAAAAUGGGUCAGUAGCCGCCUAUGACCACAAUUCUAAAAUAGAAAAUGAACAAAGCUCAUAUAAAGGUAAACACGAUAAUGAAAAUAUAAAUGAUUACAAAAAUUCUUUAUACGUAGAAGAGGGUAGUAAUAUGAACGGAUAUGUUAAUGGUUACAUAGAAGCUAAUGAAAAGAGCAAUCACAUUUCAUCGAAGUCUAGUGUAAAAACUGUAUAUCCAUUAAAUAAGAAAAAGAACAAAUAUAAGAAAAAAUAUAAGAAUAUCUAUGAGAAAGAAAUAAACAUAAAUGGGGGAAAUUGUAAAAUAAAUCAAUACGUAAAUUUAGGCGAUAAUGACAAAGAUAAUGAGAAUGAUAAUUAUAACGACAUUGGAAAUAUAGGUGCAAAUUAUUACGAAAUAAACACAAGUGUAAGUUAUGACGAAGAAAAUAAAGUUGUUGAGGCAUUGGAGGGGGGGAAAUAUGUACACCAAGUAGCAGAAGUAGCAGAAAUAGGAGUUGAACAAGCAGAAGUUGGACAUUCAGAAAUUGAACAUGCAGAAGUUGGACAUUCAGAAAUUGAACAUGCAGAAGUGGAAGCAGAAAUAGAAGAAAUGGAAGUAGAAGAAGAAAGAAAAAGAAUAAGGAAAAAAAAUUGGAAAGGAAGAACAUUUAGUCGUUUUACACCUGGUGGUGUACGCUCUAGCACCGUGCUAUUUUUAUGUACUGCUAUAGGUGUGGGUUUUCUGUCUUUUCCUUAUGUUUUUUCAAAAUUAGGUAUAAUUUUAAGUGUUAUUCUUAUCUUUUUGAACGCAAUAGAAUCUUAUGUGACUACAAAUAUCUUAUGCUUAUCAUCAUUAGAGCAUAAUACAUUUGUAUAUGGGAAUUUGUUAAAAAAGAUUGGACACAAAUAUCAUAAAACAAUAAUUGAUAUUGGGUUAACGUUUGGUUUUCUUUCUAGCUAUAUAUUAAUAUUAAUACUCAUAAGUAAUUUUUUAAGUAGUAUUUUUUAUGUAUUUAAUUUUCCAGCCUUUUUUUGUAAUCACAUAUUUUUAAUUAUUGUGAUUUGUUUAUUAAUUUUACCAGUAACCUUUCGAGAUCAAGUAGGAUCAUUAAAUUCGUUUCUUGUUUUUUCCUUGUUUUCCUUAUCUAUAACAGUCCUAACGAUUGGAUGGCAAACCCGAUAUUAUUAUAACUUAUUAAAUGAUAAGAAAAUAGUUUUAUUUAAUAUAGAUAUACAUUUUUUUAAAUGUUUUAACAUUUUGCUAUUUUCAUUUUCCCAGCAACCAAAUGCAUGUUUCAUAACAGGACAGUUUAAUCAGCCAACCCACAAAAGAUUAACUAAAUCAGCAUAUAGAAGUGUUUUAUUACAAAUAAUAUUUUAUACAUUAUUUGGAUUUUUAGGAUAUUUAUCUUUUUUAAAUACAGCUAAAGAUAAUGUUGUAUUAAAUUAUGAAGAUUCAAACGUGUCAAUACUUUUAUGUAAAUUUCUUUUAUCCGUAACCUUUUUUUUUUCCGUUCCUUUGAAUUUUAUGGGAUCUUAUUCAAGUAUUUUAUCCUUAUACCAAUCUGGCCGUAAUAGGUUUUUAAGAUUGUAUUUAUAUAUUUUUAGAAGAAAUAGAUAUUCAGAAAAUUUAUCAGCACUUUUAAGAGAAGACACACAAAACCCAUUUCAAGAAAAUAUACCUGAUGAUGUUACCGAAAAUACAAGCACACAUGAAUCGCAAACUGAUGACAAAGAUCAGAGAAUGCUUGUUUCAAUUUGUGUAACCAUUCUAUGCGCCCUUAUAGCAUUCAAUGUUAAAAAGUUGUCGAAUGUUAUAGGAAUUGGUGGAGGAAUAACUUCAACCCUCAUUUCGUGCCUUUUACCCAAUUUGAUUUAUUUCAAAAACAGACAUAAUGUUAAAAACCGUUUUGAAAGAUAUUUAACUUUAUGCAUGCUAUUUUUUUUUUCAUUUAUGGGUUUUUUUUCAGUCAUUGUUACAUCAUUAGUUUUAAUUUUUUAA